AUGGUCAUUUUUGCGUGCUCAUAUUUUCUAAAUAUUUCUAGAACAUGGGAAGAAAGAAGGGAUGAUAUAAUUGUUGUAACAGUAUGGCUUGUAAUGCUUUGCUAUGCACUUGCUUCUAAUAUUUUGAUCUUAAUUGGUAUUGCACGAAACAGUUCUAUGCGAUGCUCAACGAGUUAUUGGUUCAUCACAUCAUUGUCUAUCUGCGAUAUAGUUAUGGUUGUCAUAAGCUUGACUCAUCUUGUGCCUGCUAUCGCAUUCCAUGAUGCCUUCCUGGAUUUUCAUUCCAUUCGUAAUAUUUUAAUGAUAUUCUUAUACGAUCUUUUUUGGUAUACUGCUGUCCUGCAAUUAGGGCUUAUGGCACUUAACAGAUUUGUAAGUAUAGUUUAUCCUAUGAAAUACAAGUGGUUAUUUUCGCCACCCAAAGCACUAUUUUUAAUAUUGUCUGGGUAUUUUUUGGGCUUUGCUGCAUCCCUACCAACAUUAUUUCCUUGUUGUCACACAUUAUGGAAUUCUGAUUAUUAUAUCACAGUCUACGACCCUAUGGAUACUUGGUAUAAAUAUGUAGACAUGAGUGUCAACAGUCUAUCCUUACUUGUCAUGAUUGUUUCUUAUGGGAUAAUCAUUUGUAAAGUACGAGAAAGCAGUCAAGCAAUGGCUAGGUAUCAAUGUAUCAUGCGCCGAAAUGUUAGUGUUCUCCUGAAUAGUCGCUUGCAAUAUAACGAGCCUUAUCAGCUAUCAAACAUCGCGAGAUUACCAAGGAGACAAAUUAGUAAAAAAGAAAUGAGACUAUUUUUACAAUUUUUUUUGGUCUCGUUGGUAUUCUUAGUAACUUGGACAACAUGGCAAUGGCUUCCAUACAUGUCAGAAUCAAAAUGGGCUUAUUUUAUCAUGACCUCCUUAUUCUUUAUCAAUAAUUCAAUCAAUCCAACCAUAUAUUUGCUCUUCAAUACUCAGUUAAGACGUGAAUUAAGUCGCAUGUUGUGUACUUCAAAUAAUAACGCAGUUUCAUCAACAGAUCGUAGACAAACUACACCCACAUCUUUCAAGCUGCUCAACUUUAAAAAUUAUGAUUUAUCACGAAACAAUGACAACGUCAGUCAACGUGGACAUCUAUCUCAGUAA